AUGGGCUAUCUCAAACAAAUUGAUAUUGAAAACUUCAAGUCAUGGCGGGGGAAAAACGUCAUCGGUCCGUUCGUGCGAUUUAAUUGCAUAAUUGGGACAAAUGGUUCUGGCAAGUCCAACGUGAUGGACGCCCUGAGCUUCGCCAUGGGGGAGCGGGUCGCCUCCCUGCGGGUGAAUCACCUUCGGGACCUGGUCCACGGAGCCCACAUCGGGCGGCCGGUCCGGGACGCGGUCCGCGUCGCCCUGCGGUGCUGCGACCACGAGGACCGGGAGACCGUCUUCUCCCGGAGCGUCAACGGCGACUCCUCCGAGUAUUGCAUCAAUGGCGCUCAUGUGACCCUGACCAAAUACAUCGAGGAGUUGGAGAAGAUCGGCAUUGUGACCAAAGCUCGAAACUGUGUGGUGUUCCAGGGGGCGGUGGAGUCCAUAGCUCUGAAGAACCCAAAGGAGAGGACCAAGAUGUUCGAGUGGAUCAGUCAGUCGAGAGAGUGCGCUGCAGAGUAUGAGAUGAAGAAGAAGGCCCUGCUGAAGGCGAAAGAGGAUACACAGUUCCACUUCAACAAGAAGAGGUCUGCUACCGUCGAGAGGAAACUGGUUUCACACGAGAAAAUAGAGGCCCAGAAGUACCAGACGCUGGUGGACGACCUUCACCAAAACCGCCUGCAGCUGAGCCUGUCUGAGCUCUUCUGGAACGAAAAGUGCAUCAACGUUCUGAGCGACAUCCUGAGGGAGAAGCAGCUGGCUGCAGCUGCAAAGAACAGCACACUGGGGAAGGAGGAGCAGGCGGUCAAAACCUUCAAGAAGGAACAUGGACGUCUCACCAGAGAGCAGCAGCACAUAGAGAAGGAGAUCCGUGCCCAGGAGCACGUCCUGUCCCAGUGUCGAUCCCAGUACAUCAAAGCCAAAGUGAACGCCUCCCAUCACACAAAGAAGGCGGGGGAGGUCCGCGAUGCCCUGAGGAAGAGCCAGAAGCUGAUCGCGAUUAAAGAGCAGGAGCUAGCGGAAGAGCGGCAGGAGAUCUUUGAACUGGAGAGCACCUGGAGGAACUACGAGAAGCAGCAGCAGAAGAAGGGAGCCUCGCUGAGGAGAGACAUCGAGCUGGAUGAGCAUCAGCUGGAGCGAUACAAAGAGCUGAAGGAAAUGGCCCGGAGGCAGGGGGCGGUCCUCAACCAGCAGGCAGAGCGGCUGCACUGGGAGGUGAGAGCGGACAGCGAGAAGAUGGCUUUCGACCAGCGCCGCAAGAAGGAAGUGGAGGUCACCAUCAGGAGCAACCAGACUCAGCUGGAAGACUUGGUACGCAGAGCAGAGAAGCUGGAAGAGUACACCAAGACCUGCACGUCGUCCCUCGAAGAGUACCGUCGGCUGGAGGAGAGCCUCGGCGCGGAGCUGCAGCGAGGCCGCCAGCGCAGCGAGGAGCUGAAGGAGGAGCUGGGCCAGGUGAUGGAGGAGCUGGGCAACGCCCACCUGGACAGCCAGGAGAGCCGAUGCCAGCAGCGACGCAACGAGCUGCUGGACCGGCUGCGCAGUCGCUUCCCAGAAACGGUGUUUGGUCGCCUGUCCGACUUGUGCAGCCCCGUCCAUAAGAAGUACCAGCUGGCUGUCAUCAAGGUGUUUGGCCGCUUCAUGAACGCCAUCGUGGUGUCCACAGAGAAAGUGGCUCGUGACUGCAUCUCGUUCAUCAAGGAAGAGGGAGCCGAGCGCGAGACCUUCCUGCCCAUCGACUACCUGGACGUGAGUCCCCUGAACGAGCGGCUGAGGGAGGUGCCCGGCGCCAAGAUGGUGGUCGACGUCGUGCAGGUCAACAACGCCAGCGGCUCCGCUCAGCUCAGGAAGGUGGUGCAGUUCGUCUGCGGCAACGCGCUGGUGUGCGAGACCAUCAAAGAAGCGCGGACCGUGGCCUUUGACGGACCCGUGCGCCUCAAGACGGUGGCGCUGGACGGGACGCUGUUCACCAAGGCCGGCGUGAUCUCCGGAGGCUCCAGUUCCCUCCGGACCAAAGCCCGGUGCUGGGACGAGAAGGACAUGCUGCGGCUGAAGGCGCGCAAGGACCAGCUGAUGGCAGAGAUGCGCGAUUUGAUGAAGCUGAAGCGGAAGGACUCUGACCUGAAGCAGACGGUGGCUCAGGCUCAGGGCGCUCAGACCCGCCUCAAAUACUCCAACGCAGACAGGGAUAACAUUCAGAAGAAAAACAUCCCUCACUGCCACGCGGAGAUUUCUCGUCUGGAGAGCGAACUGACAAACCUGGACUCUCAGAUCCGGAUGCAGCAGGAGAGCGUGGAGUUGAAGGAGGCGGAGAUGAAGAGCCUCAGAGACCAGAUCGACCAGAUCGAGGACACGGUGUUUUUUGACUUCUGCGCCGAGAUCGGCGUCGACCGCAUCGGAGAAUACGAGCAGGAGCACCUGAAGCAGCAGACGGAGCUCGACAGGAAGCGGCUGGAGUUUGAGAGUCAGUGCACCCGCUUGAACGCACGGCUGGAGUACGAACAAGAGCAGCUGACACAGCAGAAAAAUAACCUCCGAAAGAUGGAGGAAACCAUCGACAAGGGGGAGAAAACCAUGGCCGAGCAGAGGGAGGAUGAGGAGAAGCUGCUGUCAGCGGUGGAGGACGGUCAGAACAAACAGCUGGAGCUGAACGACCAGCUGCUGUCGAAGAAGAGCCAGGUGGCCGCUGCCAAAGCGGAGCUGGACCAGAAGACCCAGAGCCUCAAGGAGACCAACAAAGAGCUGGCGAAGCUUCAGCGGGAGGUGAUGUCCGCCGAGUCGGCCCUGGAGCAGAAGCGCCUGUUCAGGCACAACAUGCUGCUGGCCUGCAAGAUCCAGAGUCUGCCCAUCGCGCUGCUGUCGGGGAACCUGGAUGAAGUCAGCCAGGUGCAGCUGGAGACUGAAUCAGAAAGCACGUCGACCACCUUGACCAUCUUCGAGAGAGAGGCGGGACUCGUCAUCGACUACUCUGACCUGGACGCAGAACUCAGGGGUCUGGAGAUGGAGAAGGAGGCGGAGGCCUUCUUGGAGAGGCUGAGGGAGUCCCUCUCCUCCGUAGAGGGAGUGCUGCAUCGCACCACGGUGCCAAACCUGAAGGCUCUGGCCAAGAUGAGGGAGGUGAAGGAUAUGCUACAGGGCGUCACCGACGCGUUCGAUGCCAGCACCCAAGCUGCCAGAAAAUGCAGCCGGGAGUUCGAGCAAGUCAAAGACCGGCGCCUGGACCUCUUCAACCGGUGCUUCGAACACGUGUGUGUCGUGAUCGAUCAGAUCUAUAAAAGAAUCUGCAGGAACAACAGCGCCCAGGCCAUCCUGAGCCCUGAGAACCCAGACGAGCCGUACCUCGGAGGCAUCAACUACAACUGCGUGGCGCCGGGGAAACGCUUCAUGUCCAUGGACAACCUGUCCGGGGGAGAGAAGGCCAUCGCCGCCCUCGCCCUGGUGUUUGCCAUCCACAGCUUCCGUCCUGCUCCCUUCUUCAUCUUGGACGAGGUGGAUGCAGCGCUGGACAACACGAACAUAAGCAAGGUGACCAGCUUCAUCAGAGAGGAGUCCCAGGAGAACAUGCAGAUCAUCGUCAUCUCCCUGAAGGAGGAGUUCUUCUCCAAGGCCGACGCUCUGCUGGGAGUCUACUCCGACUUUGAAGAAUGCAUGUGCAGCCGCAUGCUGACCCUGGACCUGCGCCCCUACCCUCUGGCCGUGGAGGACAGCGACUAG